AUGGAAGAAGAAGAACAUCCUCGUAACAGUGCCAUCGAAGAUGACCUUGAGAGUUUAGAGGAAACAAGAGAAACCGUCAAUGGCAUUCAGAAUGGAGAAACGACUGGGAUGGAAGAUGUGAUUUUAGAUCCUCCUAAAAUCGGCCAGAUAUUUAAUGACUUCGAAGAAGCUUACAACUUCUACAAUGAUUAUGCAAGGGCUUGGGGAUUCUCUGUUAGGCGCUCAAAGAAAGUUCAGAACAGCAAGGGAGAGGUUACUACUGGAGCUUUCGUUUGUUCUUGUGAGGGACAUAGAGCCCCCAACAAAGGGGAGAAAAAGAGAGACUCCCCCAUGGAGACCAGAUUUGGUUGUAAAGCAAAAAUGCGUGUGGCAUUUAACAAGAAUGAUUCAAAAUGGAUAGUGGAUAUAUUUAAAGAAGAUCACAAUCAUAUGCCAAUUAAUCGGCAGUGUACUCAUCACCUGAGAUCACAACGAGGGUUAACAGAGGCUGACAAGGCAGACUUUAGAUUUAAGAAGAAUGCAGGUAUGAAACCUUCUCAAAUCAUAAAGCUUGCUGUGCAUAAUGCUGGAGGACAUGACAAAGUUGGAUACACAGUAAAAGAUGGGAUGAAUUUCAGCACUCGAGAUUCGCAAUGA